AUGCAAGCAACAUUGGAAGAAGUCGAGCUCUCAGCUUCUGGGGGCACUCACGUGUUUGGCCCAGAUCAUGACCGUAAGCUGGCUGACCUGAGAGCCGCUCAAAUUGCCCUUGCUCAAGCCUGGGCCAGAAGCGAAGCAGAUGAUGUUAUAGACACAGCCCAGCUCGAAACUGUGGGGUCUGUAACUGGAUCUGAAGUCCGAAACAUGAAGGGUGCGCUCGGCGAUACCUCCAAGCCUGGACCUGAUGGCACAGAGAAGAGUGCCGUUGGAAGCAGCAGUAUAUCACGACCCAACAGUAGCGGCACGGGAGUUGAGAGACUCGGUCACAAGCUCGAAGAAGAGACGGAAGUGGAUAUCCUCCUCGCAAGGAAACGACGAGAAGCCAAUGAUCGAUAUUUCCAGAGGGUCAAUCAAGGAGUGAUCGACGUUGUAACCCGGCUUGAAGAUGUCGCAGUGGCCAUGAGAGCUGUUGAACAGGAAAGCAAGGAAGUUUGGAGCGAGAACGACAGUGUUCCUGGUGCUUCGAGGACGUGA